AAUUACAACAACAUCUUGCUCAUUUUUAUAACGUGGUUACUAGAUGUGUGUCUUACAGUCGACUGUGAAACGACUUGAACUAUUCUUUGUUGUCAAGAUGCUGAUCUAACAGAACGCAAACUCACAAUUUUAAAAUUGCUUCAACGGAACGCAUGAUCUCAAAAAGGAAUAUUGGUUAACAAUGACUUAGUUUGUAAAAGCAAGUGACUCAUAAAUAAUACAAAUCCUCACGGAAGCAUGGUAAGGUCGCAAGCAGCGAGUCAUUUAGACGAACAUAAAAUUUAAUUCAAGAGGAUGAUAAACGGCAGAAGUAUGUGAAAAGUCCGUAGGUGUGAAGCGGGCUCGAGUGGAUGCGUUCAGUAGUGUUUGUAUAAAUAAAAGAAUAGUGUAACGAAUAACAUGGUAUUCGUCAACGCAUUUUUCAUUGAAACAAAUAAGUGUCUAGAUACAUACAACAAAUGUUGAAAAAAACUAUCGGUACAUUCUUGCAUUUUAAUUAUAAAAUAAGUGUGAACAUCGCAAAGCUAAAUGCUAUAAGCGUGAUAGUUGCAGUACUUAAUACCAUAGUUUUGUGAACUGUGAAUUUUUUUUGAAUGGAACAAACAUGUGCUCAGAGAUGGGAAUUGUCUACGUACCAAACAGGGUAAUGAAGAGCGUUCUUCUUACGCUUUCCAUAAUAGGAUAUUUGCAGAUAGGGGCCAGUAAUAUUCUCCAAACUGAUGACGAUAAUGGUGAACCGUAUUUUCUUAAAGCUCCAACAAACAUAACGGUUCGUGAAGGAGACUUGGCCAAAUUAAAGUGCCGAAUAGCGAAUCUUGGACCGAAAAUGGUAAACGUGGUGGUUUGGAGAAAAACAAACGACGAUUAUCCGUUGACAAUUGGGGAAAUGUCUUUCUCACAGGACGACGAAAUGUCUAUCGAUCACUCCCAGAUCACCAAAACCAGUAGUACCUGGGAUUUGCUUAUUAAGAAUGUAAAACCGCGACAUGCUGGAAUGUACGAGUGUCAAAUCAGCGCAAACCACCUAAUUGCUCACUAUGUCACACUCAAUGUAGUUGACAAAUCGGAGAUGCGACCAGGUAAACAGACCCCUAUGCUAGCCAUUGACGCGAUAAACUUUGAGACAGAACUACGAAUCAUCGGUAACGCCUACGUUAAUAUGGGGGGCGUGAUCCACCUAAUUUGCAACGCUACGGGGGCUUACCGGGCACCGGAAGCAGUUGACUGGUUUUACGACGGAAAUAGGAUUCACACCGCAGACGAGAGGUGGAAAGGCCGUGUGGAGAUUGUGAGGCACGAAUCUUUCGAAGGCAAAUACUAUGUCAGUGAAUUGAUUAUUGACAAGAGCCGACUGGAAGAUAAUGGGGAUUACGUCUGCAGGAGCUCUGAUUUGGCCGUCAAUAGCGUUAAAAUCCACAUUUUAAAUACGGAAAAAGAUAAUUUAACGAGGCGAGGGUCUGGCAAAGAUGCUCAGAGCGAAUCAAUACGGACCGAUCCAGAUAGUGGAAGUUUUCGAAUUCACACACAGGCAUUUCCGGUGAUGGCAUUCGCAAUCUUGCCGCUAGUUUGUAGAUAUAUAUUUAUAAACUAAGGUUUGAUUUCCACUAACGGGAAGUGCCUUCGAACACUACCACACCGAAGAACAUACGUAUAAUUAAUUUAAACGUAAACCAUAUUGUGUGUUGAAGGCUUAACUAUGUACUAAAUAUACACGUACAGGGAGGAAAUUGACAUUUUACGAUAUGGCAAGCGUGGUUUGUAUAGUUUAAUAAUGAAAUUAUGAUAGUAGACGUUGUGACGUACAUGACAAAAAGCACCUUAUGUUAUCGAUGAAUGGUGCACACUUGUUAACUGUGACAAUAUUGAGAUUUAUUAAAAUUACCAUGCAUAUAACACAUUUCUUAUAAAUGCGUGUAAGUGUUCCUUUGUUUCGGAAUUAUUUGUUAAAUAAUGGAGACUUAAACUGAAAAAUAGAUAAAUACUUAAAAACAAAUCACGCCUAAAAUCACAUAAUUAAAUUAUUCGAAACACUAGUUUUGUUAAAAAAGUAUGAAAUACGAGUCAAAAGUUUAUGUCGUAUACCUCAAAUCAUUUUGACGCGGAUUUAUUCUUAUUUAUGAAUAUGUUAAUGUUGUUGAAUCACUUAACAUCAUCAUUUUUUUUAAAUAUCAUCACAACUUUAGAUUUUUGUAAGCCGCAAUAUGUUUCAGGUAAUGCCAUUUACUAUUCAACUGAGGAAAAAUAAUGUAAAUAAAACUUUUUCUUAUCAUUUGAGUAGUAAAUUGGUUCAUACCAAACGUAAAAACAACGCAUGUUUGGAUAUUUUUUCUCUGAAUCUCUGCAUCUUUAGAUUGAAAUAGCCCAACAAAUUUAAACAUUGAAUCAUGAAAAUUACUUUCUAAAAUAAACGAAAACUACUCUCUGAAUGAAAAAAAGUGUUUUACCGAUUUUAGUUCGGCAUUACUGUACUGCCUACUAGCUAAAACAAUACACAAUGGUGUUAAAUAUCUUAUAUAGUAUAUAUCAAACCCCAAUGACAGCAUGUAAUCCGUUAACGAUUCAUUAAAAAAUGCGAAUACCUAUAUGUGUUGUAGUCAAAUUGUUUUGUGUUGGUUGUGCACACAAAUAAGUUUACUUUUUACGCAAAACAUAUGAUGAAUACACAAUUCUGUACGAAUAGUCAACAAGUCAAGGUUAUAUAAUAUUGCUAUGGUGAACAAUGAAAUGCAUUCUUCCUUGCUGUUAUUGAAUUUGAAUGGAAUUUCUUCACACUGUUUUUCAUCAAUCAUUACAUUCCAAAGAGGCUUACACACAGCUGUACUUUGUGUGUUCUCGCUUCUAAAAUUUUGCCAUUUGCGUUGUAUCCCAUAUCCAUUUCACAUUCUCUUUUGUCCUGAAAUUAGUGUAAUCCCAAAUAUGUGAUAAUAUGUUUUAGGUUAAAAGGUAGCCAUGUACGUGCAAGAAGUUAUUUAUUGUUAAUGUAAUAUUUUAUCAUGACCAUAGGAAUAAUAAAACAUUUAUAUUAA